UUUUUCUCAGUGAUGAUUGCAAAAAUGGUAUUUUUAGUAAGGUAUCGGUGCAUUAUAUAAAAAGACAAAGUUUUAUCAUGAACAUCCUCAUUUACAAGCGACAAAACAACAAAAACAAAGCUUUGAAUUUGAAGCACUAUACUGAAACAAAGGUUUGACCCAUAUACAAGCGGACUAGAGCAUGAUGGCGAUUAGAGUACUGUUCAUUGUGGCGUCCCUCUUGGCUCUAUCCUCGGCCCUCCCAUGGUCGUAUUUUCAGAAGCGUGCUGAGAAUACCUGUGACACCCCAUCAUUCCAUGGGAAACUACAAAUGAACAUCAGAGCAGGUGACAAGUUUAUUGAUGGACGAGCCACAAUUGACUACGAUCAUCUAGGCAAGCGGUUGAAGCUUAGCGCCACACUUCACUUUGAUGGCGGUUCCGAGUCGAGUUUCAUAGCAUUCUAUAACUACCAGGAGGGAGUUGUUGUAAUAGCGAAUCCUGGGAUUGGCGGUAGUGGUGUUUGCCACAAGAAAGACAUGGCAGACAUUCCUGCCCUUAUUCCGGUGCCUGUACUUUAUGGGGGAAGCCUGCUGAAGUCUGGCUCUCUAGGCCUGAGCAGCGACGACCUUCACACCGCCCUAUAUACCGGCCUCGUUGGAUUUAAAACGCGAUACUUUACGACGGUUGCCAUGGAGACGUGCACACCCUUAACAUCUGUUGUGUAUCACACGAGUGAAAAGGAUGGCCUUGAGGUGACGACCACCAACUAUUACGGCAUUGUGUUGGAAGAAAGAGAACCCGAGAUCUUCAAGCUUCCCGAAUACUGCACUGACACAAGAAAACGAAGACAAAUGCCAAAUAUGGUCCCCUUUCACGGCAAACGUCAAAUGCCAAAUAUGGUCCCCUUUCACGGCAAACGUCAAAUGCCAAAUAUGGUCCCCUUUCACGGCAAACGUCAAAUGCCAAAUAUGGUCCCCUUUCACGGCAAACGUCAAAUGCCAAACCAAGUUCCUUACCUAGGAUAACAAGUGUUCCCGGUACAAAGGAUUUAGGCUCUUUCGGUAACUUGUAGAUUUGUAGUUCAAAAAAGAAGCUGUACAGAUGACGCUUCAAAUAAAAAAGAGAAAGCAUUUUAAA